UCAGAAAUUGAAAGAGUGAAGAUGUGGUUCUGGGUUUUAUUGACAUUCUUAAUAUUUUUGUUUUAUUUCGCAAAUCAACAUUACUUUAGUUACUGGUCGAAAUGUAAAAUUCCAUUCAAGGAACCGACAUUUUUAUUCGGUGAAUUAUGGGAUAUGUUCGCGUCAAAAAAGAGUCAAGGACAAUAUUUCGCAAGUCUUUAUGAAAGAUUCAAGAACAAGAAAAUUAUCGGACUUUAUUUUUCAUAUCGCCCAGUUUUGCUUGUAUGUGAUCCAGAUUUAAUUCAGGAAGUGCUUAUUCGAGAUUUCACAAGUUUUCAUGAUCGAGGGUUUGGAUUUGAUGAACAAAUUGAUCCAUUAACUAGUAAUGUAUUCGGAUUAGCUGGUCAGAGAUGGAGAGACUUAAGAGUCAAAUUGUCACCAACUUUCACAUCAGGAAAGUUGAAGAUAAUGUACCCGACUAUAUAUAGUUGCGCUCAAGUCUUGCAAGAUUAUAUUGGAAAAGAAUUGAAAAGUGGAAAUGACAUUUUUGAUACUCACGAUCUACUAGGUCGUUUUACUACAAAUGUUAUCUCAUCAGUAGCUUUUGGAAUUGAAAAUGAUUGCCUUAAUGACCGUGAGAACAUUUUUAGAAAAAUGGGAAUGAAAAUAUUUGAUACAAAUUUUGCACAAGUUGCUAGAAAUUUUCUAACAACCUUUCUUCCAAAGUUGAUGAUAUUUCUUAAAAUAAAGAAUGUUUCUCAAGAGAUUGAAGACUUUAUCAUGUCAAUCGUACGACAAUCGAUCGAAUUAAGAGAAACGGAACAAGUUGAAAGAAAAGAUUUUAUGCAGCUUAUGAUUCAGCUCAAAAAUCAGGGAUUUGUUUCUGUAGAUAAAGAUGAAGAUAUAAAUGAAGAACGAUCUAAAAGUUCAGAUAAGACAAAAUUGACGUUUAAUGAAAUUGCUGGAAAUACUUUUAUAUUUUUUGCUGCUGGCUUCGAGACCUCAAGUUCAACAUCCAAUCUGUGUUUAUUCGAAUUGAGUAGACAUCCUGAAAUUCAAAAGAAAGUUCAAGAUGAAAUUGAUCAAGCUAUGAGGAAUGCAAACUCUUCAGAAAUUACUUAUGAUAUGCUUCAAGAGUUGAAAUACUUAGACAUGUGCAUUAAUGAGACUCUUAGAAAAUAUCCAGUUAUUACAGUCAUACUUAGAAACUGUACAAAAGAUCAUAAAUUUAGUGGAACUGAAUUCACUGUAAAGAAAGGAACUAAUUUAUUUAUACCAAUACAAGGAUUACAUCGUGAUCCAAAGAUUUAUGAGAAUCCAAUGGCUUUCAAUCCUGAAAGAUUUAAGGAUUCGUCAACUGGAUUAGGAAAAUCUAAAGGAGCCUUCUAUAUACCUUUUGGAGAUGGACCAAGAAUCUGCAUUGGAGCUCGAAUGGGAAAACUGCAAACAAAACUUGGUCUGGCAAUGAUUCUUUCAAAAUUUACAUUUGAAUUAGUCGACCAAAACUUGAUUCAUAAUGAGUUUGAAGUUGACCCAAAAAUGUUUGUCAUGAAACCAAGAGAAAGCAUUAAGAUGAAGGCGAUACCUCGUUAA